AUGGUGGAUCUUCAAAUCGUGUGCUGCAUGUGCGGUGAUGUUGGUUUCACUGACAAACUUUUCCGAUGCAACAACUGUCAUCACCGCUUCCAACACUCGUAUUGUAGUAACUUCUAUGGAGAACUGAGUGAGAUUGAAGAGUGCGAUUGGUGCCAAAGUAAAGGGAAAAGCAGUCUUGGCUCCAAGAAACCGGCGGUGACGGUGAAGAUCAAAAGUAGUUCAGGAUGUCCCGGCGAGAAUAUAUUGAAACAGCAUCGGGAGGACAAGUGUUCGGAGAAGAGGAAGAGUCCGGUGCCGUCACCGAGACAAGCCACACGCAGGUAUAAGCUUCUCAAGGAUGUAAUGUGUUGA